GAUCCUGGUUGGUAGCUCCCCACCUCCUCGGCCUCGGGACAGUGAGGAAAGUUCGGCAGUGCUUGUGGUGGGAGCGAGGGAGCUGGGCUGGUUGGCAGCAGGCUCACACAUUAAACCAUCGUAUCAAACGCGCGCCGCGCUCUGACGAGAAAUGUAACCCGAGGAGAAAGGACACCAGUGUGUUUGAGCACGCUGAGGGAUUCUUGUAUGACUUGUUACUCUUUCAGUGCUGUAGCCUGAGCAGGUCUUACUGGUUUUUACUGAAGUGGUGGGAGCUGAAUGGGGUGUGGGCUCGCUUCUAUUCGUCCACAAGCAUCUCUACAAUCUUCUCUUCUCUUUUUUAAUUCCCCCCUGGAUAUAAAUCAGAGAAAUUGUGUCCACCGAGUUUGCUGCCACCUGGGCUCAACCCAGCUGAACCAAUUUUGGAGGAAACCCUUGCUGCAAUCAUCUGGACGUGCUCCUAGGAGGAGAAGAAACUAAAGGAAUUUGGCAUCGUUGCUGUAGUUUGAGGAAAAACAUUCCUUCUGGCUUUGGAGAGAGCUACAGAGAGGAUCUGUGUCAUGCCCUGAUCUCCCUCCAUUUUCCUGCUGAGCAUGGGGUAACAGUGUGUGACCAUGGUGGUCACCCAGUUACAGCUGGAACUGUGCUUCCACGGCAAGAAGCUGAGAGGUUUCACCUGCAAGUUGACCAGGUCAGCCAGUGGAUUUCUCCCAGAGACUUCAUUCUCCAUUGCCUCCCAGAUUUUUUUGCCAUUCCUUCUGGCUGGCUUGGGAAUGGUAGCUGCUGGCCUCUUGAUGGAUGUUGUUCAACACUGGGACGUGUUCCGGACAAUCACAGAAGUGUUUAUCCUGGUUCCUGCCUUGGUUGGCCUGAAGGGAAAUCUGGAGAUGACCCUGGCAUCCAGACUCUCCACUGCUGCUAACACUGGACAGAUGGAUGAUGCCCAGAAGCAAUGGAAAAUGGCCACCUGCAAUUUAGCCCUUAUCCAGGUCCAGGCCACUGUGGUGGGACUGCUGGCUGCUGUCGCUGCUGUGAUCCUGGGAGCCAUCUCCAAGGGCUCUGUGGAGCUGAGCCAGGCUGCUGUGCUGUGUGCCAGCAGCGUGACCACGGCCUUCAUAGCUGCACUUUCCCUUGGUCUGGUGAUGAUUGGUGUGAUCAUUGGAGCAAGGAAAGUUGGGAUCAAUCCAGACAAUGUCGCCACACCCAUAGCAGCGAGCCUGGGAGAUUUGAUAACCCUUUCCCUCCUGGCAGGAAUCAGCAGCACACUCUUCAAAUACAUAGAUGUGAAGUACCUUUCUCCUCUGAUCUGUGCUGUGUUCAUUGUCAUGAUCCCUCUCUGGGUUGCUAUUGCCAAGCAAAGUCCUUCCCUGGCUGAAGUCCUGAAGUCUGGGUGGCAGCCAGUUAUUGUUGCCAUGAGCAUCAGCAGCAUUGGUGGACUCAUCCUGGACAAAACUGUAACUGACCCAAACUUUGAAGGCAUGGCAGUUUUCACACCUGUGAUUAAUGGUGUUGGAGGGAAUCUGGUUGCCAUCCAAGCCAGCCGAAUUUCUACAUUCCUGCACUUCUGGAGCAUGCCUGGUGUUUUGCCAUACAAGAUGAGGCAGAAUUGGCCCAACCCAUGCACCACAUUCUUCUCAUCAGGGGUGAAUUCCAAGUCAGCCCGGGUCCUGUUCCUCCUGGUUAUCCCAGGGCACCUCGUGUUCCUCUACACCAUCCAUCUGCUGCAGGGAGGCCACACGUCCCUGUCCUUCACCUUUGUGAUGUUCUAUCUGGCUGCUGCUUUGCUGCAGGUGGGGAUCCUGCUCUACGUGGCUGACCUGAUUGUGCGCCUGAUGUGGAGGAAGGCUCUGGACCCAGAUAAUUUCUCCAUCCCCUACCUCACUGCCCUGGGGGACCUCCUGGGCACUGGAUUCCUGGCCAUCUGUUUCCGCCUGGUUUGGCUCAUCCACGGCACAGACAUGAACCUGGGCAACUGAGAGUCCCUGUGCUGCUCUCGUCCCCGGUGUGACACGGUGCUUCCCUCCGGGCCACCGGGGUACCUGGCACUCAGUGCUGGCUCACCUGGCUGGGCUGGGCUCCCCUGGCAUACCUGGCACUCAGUGCUGGCUCACCUGGCUGGGCUGGGCUCCCCUAGCACCCCGACACCCACCUGCCCUGCCCUCUGUGCCUUACAGCCCGCCUGCCCCGAGGGAUCAGCACCCACAAACUCCUGCCCUUGCGAGGGAGCAAAGCGGAUUUAAGGAGCUCCCCCUGCUCACACCUGGCAAACAAGGCAACAAGGAGCAUUUGGGCCACUGGGGAGGAAGGAAUGAAGGAAGGAAGGAGCAUUUGGGCCAUGGUCUCCAUCCCCAGCACUGUCACAGCCCCAAGGCUGCUCCAAAGCCUGCCAAGGUCACUGCGUCUGAUCCUGCAAGUGGAUGUUGCAGCCCCUCCAUCAGACUCUGACUUUCCACCAAGGGAAAUUCUUUAUUCACCCCACUUUUCUCCUGCUCCUGGAGUGGCAGAGCAACCAGGUCUUUAAACUUGUCUUGUCUCUAUCGCUCAGAGGCUCAGGAUCUGAGGCAGUGAGCUGCUGGCUCAUGCCCAGUGGAGGUUAUCUAGGGAUACCACCUACCUGCCCUAGCAGCAUUGCUGGUGUCUGACCAAAAAGCUGGUUAGAUUGCAUUUUGGGGGCAGGAAGGUUUGUUUUUACGGUUUAUGAAAUGUCCAGUAGUUAAAAUGUUUAUAGAAACAUAAAUAAAG